CGAAAUCGUGCUACUGGAGAUGUUACGAAAAAACUUGCUAUUGGACGUGGACGCCCACGAAAACUUAUUCAUUCUGAUUGUCUGUACUUGCUGUGCUUGGCUCGUCACAAGCCAACCCUUUUCUUGGAUGAAUACAGCUGCCGUCUUGAAGAAUAUCGUGAUCUGCCUGUGUCUCUUGCAACCAUCCAUGCCUUGUUCAAAUGUGCUGGACUCAAUGUCAAACGGGUGCAGAAGCUUGCUUCCGAACGCAAUCCCAUGGUUCGUGCAGCAUUUGUCUGUCGAAUUGGCCAGUAUCCAGCCAACUACCUGAUUUCUCUCGACGAAGUCUCAAAAGAUGACAGAACUUAUGCACAUCUUUGGGGCCAGGCA